AUGACAAGUUUAAGUAUAAAACGUCCAUCUACAAUGGAUAAUAUUAACCUUGAUUGUCCACAAAUUACACUACAUAAAACUAAAUCAAUUUUUUGUUGUCAAUUGUUUGAGCAAUCAUCACCAUUUUCGUGUUUAUAUGCAAGAUUUCAUGAUUUAUUAUUAGAACAUGAAUAUCAUUAUUUAUAUUUGAGAGGAACUCAACGUCACACCUAUCUACUCUAUAUUAUAUAUUUAAUUCUACAUAAUUUUCUAUGGUUAUUUUACUCUGUAAUUUUGGAACAUCAUUCAUACAAUUACACAUGGCUCUAUGUAUUAGGAUUAUUUUUUGGUAAUAUAUUAUCGUGUAUCAUUGCAUAUUUAAUUUAUAUUAAACAUUAUAAAAGUAUAACAUUUUCUCGUAUUCAUAUUACCCUACUUAGUCUAUGUUCACUAUCAUUUUUUCUGAUAUUAACAUUUUCUGUUAUAUUUAAUUAUUCUCAUUCUACAUUUACUCAUAUUACUAGAUUUGUAUAUCCUUAUACAAUAUUUAUUCUUAUCUAUACAUUAUCAUGUAUUCCACUUUAUUUGUGUCUACCUAUUAAUUUGACAAUUACUCUACUCUGUGAACUAUUCAAUUAUCAUUAUUAUCAAACAUUAUCUGAAUUAGUGUCAAGAUUAUUAUUGCAUACAUGUGGACAUAUAAUUGGAAUUUAUUUGAAUAUUAUAUUAGAAGCACAUAAUAGAAAUUCGUUUUUUAAAUUACGUCAAAAUCGAGAUAUUCGUUCAUAUUUAUUGAAUGAACAUCAAUUAAUUUCAAAAAUGAUUGAUUCUCUAAUGCCACCAAAAUAUGCGAGAGAAAUUCAAACUGAUUUUGAUUAUUUUCGAGGACGAAUUCAAAAUAUAUCCUCUACACCAUCAUCAUCUCCACUUCCACAAGGUCAACAAAAAGAUGAAGAAAAACAUGCUUUACCUUUAAUGACUCAAACAGAGACAAACACACAAAACGAUGGAUCAUCAUCAUCCAUCUUUCGUCCAUUACAUAUCGAACGUAUGGAAAAUGUGUCUAUUUUAUUUGCUGAUAUUGUCGGUUUUACAAAAAUGUCAUCAAAUAAGACUGCGGAUCAAUUAGUAAAAUUAUUAUCCGAUUUAUAUGGAAGAUUUGAUGAUUUAUGUGUAAGAAUGAAAUGUGAAAAAAUAGCAACAUUAGGUGAUUGUUAUUAUUGUGUAUGUGGGUGUCCUGAGCCACGUUCCGAUCAUGCACAAUGUUGUGUUGAAAUGGGAUUGUCAAUGAUAAAUGCUAUUGAAGAAUUUGAUCAAGAUAAUAAUGAAAAUGUUGAUAUGCGUGUGGGAGUACAUUCGGGAUCCGUAAAUUGUGGAAUUAUUGGAACAAUUAAAUUUAAAUUCGAUAUAUUUUCAAAUGAUGUUACAUUGGCAAAUAAAAUGGAAUCAAGUGGAAAGCCAGGCUAUGUACACAUAACAGAGGCAACAUGUAAAUUAUUGUUUAAUACAUAUGAUGUUGAACAAGGAGAAUCAUUUCAUUUUUCUACAGAUAUUACGGUGCCAACAUAUUUUAUCAAAAAACGACAAUUACUACAUCGAAUAACUCGCAAACCACCACCGAUAACUGAAGCAACAGCUGCAGCAGUGGCGGUUGCAUCUGGUGUAUCACUUAAUGUUCCACUAAAUGAUGUUGUUUCAGAAGCUGUUGCUAUUUCAAAUCAAGAACAAAUUGAUAAUGAGCAAAUAAGUCUAACAAAGCCAUUAUUAUCAGAAUUGACUCGUGUUCAUGUAACUCCGUCAAUUGAACUUGAAUCGGUAUCUUCACCUCUCAACCUUCCAUUGGAAUCUAAUACGUCUGUAUCCGAUUCAACAAUGUUCACCUUACGUCCUCCUCGUGGUACUACUAUAUCAACAAUCGGUGGUGAAUCAACAAUGUCAACACCAUCACACCAUUUCGAUGAAACUCAUGAACGUGAAUUACUUCAAUCACUUAAAAUUCCAAUGUCAUGUAUAACACUCUCUUUUACCGAUAGUAAACUUGAAUCUGAUUACCAACAUUCGAUCAUCUAUCAUCAUUCAUUAACGGCACCUGUUAAUGAUCAACAUCAUAAGCCACCACUUGCAUUUUCAAAUCCUCUUUUGAACUUUUUUCUUGAUUCAUUAAUAUCAUUUAUCAUUCUUCUACUAACAUUUCUCUAUUCGAUAAUAUUAAUUCUAUUCGAUAAUAUCAUUCAUAAAAUGUCUAAAUUGUGGUUAAUUUUAUCUCUCAUAUUUUUAUUUAUUGAACUCGUCGGUAUUUUUGGAAUUGGUUAUUUAUGCAUUGUUAAAUAUCAAUUUACUCGAUUAAAAGAAAAAGAGAAAGAAACAUUUAUCUAUUGUUCAUUUCUCAUUCGACAUUCUAUUGCCACAAUCUAUUUACUUUUUCCAUUCGUUUUAACAUUUCUCUUUCCUGAAUCGUGUCAAUGGACAACAUAUUUAUUUGUAACUCUAGUAACAAUCCAUUUUGGACUAUAUUCAAUGACUAAUCAUUUAUAUAAACUCACUCUAUCAUUAGCAACUAUUAUCGCAUAUACAAUUAUGUGUUAUAGUCACACAUCUACCGAUGGUCAUAAUCAACACUUUAAUUCCACUAGUAUUACAAGUGAACCCCGUGAAUCUACCAUCAAUUAUGAAUUAUAUAUUCAUCUUCUAUUGGCUUUUAUACUGGUAAAUAUGAUUAGUCGUCAUUUGGAAUUUAAACAUCGUCAGUUAUAUUAUAUUGAAUACAAAUCAAGUGAACAACAACUUGAAAUUGUUAAAGAACGUGAGAGAGCUGAUUGGUUAUUAAGAAAUAUUUUACCAGAACAUGUUAUUGAACCAUUAAGAGUCGAUAAGGGAACAUAUUCGAAAAAUCAUGAAUGUGUCGGAGUAAUGUUUGCCUCAUUAAUUAAUUUUCAUGUUAUGUAUGAAGAACAAUAUGAAGGUGGCAAAUUUUAUUCACGUGUAUUAAAUGAAUUCUACGGUGAUAUUGAAGAAUUGUUAUUAAAUAAAAAGUUUGAAAAAAUUGAAAAAAUUAAAACAAUUGGUGCGACAUACAUGGCUGCUAGUGGUCUUCAAGAUGAAUCUGUGAACAGUUUAGAACCGGUGUAUAAUUUAUUAGAAUUUGCUCUUCAAUUUCAACAAACAAUGAAAACAUUCAACGAAGCUCUUCUUAAUUUUGAAUUUAAAUUGAGAAUUGGCUUCAAUUAUGGUCCGGUAACUGCUGGGGUUAUUGGAACAACCAAGUUAUUUUAUGACAUUUGGGGUGAUACGGUAAAUGUCGCAUCGAGAAUGGAUUCAACAGGACAGCCAGAUUUUAUUCAAGUACCCGAACAUGUUGCAUUAACAUUAACUGAUCGAUAUACGUUUCAAUUCAGAGGAGAAGUUGAUGUGAAGGGAAAAAAUAAAAUGAAUACAUAUUUAGUUACAGGACGAAAAUAG